AUGGCAGCAAACGACAACUUAUAUCCGAUCUCCUCGAAUUCUCGCACGAAAUUGAAUGCAUUCCGUUAUCAAGAAGCAGAAGGAGCAGAGCCAAUUCCCGAUAACACGACUUCGAAAGAUGGGAUGAAGCCAGUCCAUGGGGAUAAGGAAAACCAGAGUUCAUGGCUGAAUGGAGUGGUGGACCCAAUGCAGACAUCACCCGACAAAGGCGAAAUUCAGCCUCCGGCAGCUCCAGAAAAUGACUCGAAACCGGUCAAAGAAUGCCCCCAGACUCCGGGUAACAGGAUCCCUCUCGCAGACUUGAUCAGCAAUGCCGAGGAUUCCUUCGACCCCGCCCCCGGUCCUGAAGUGACGCCUGUCGAGCAUGUUAUCUGGCAGCAUGUGCCUGUGAGCUCGAAUCCAGAUACGUCGUCCCAGACACCCAAUGGUCGCCGCAGGAAGCGUCGCCACAGCUCAUCGUCCGCCGGCUCUCCUUCAAAUGCAAAUUCGAAGAAGGCCGAAAAAGAACCCCUCGAUCUCCAGUCAAUACAAGCAUUAUUCAAAACACCACAGCAUGAUCUGGCAGCCGAGUUGUGGAACAACUAUAUGGACAAAAACCAUGUCGAGGGUUCCGAAGAUCUCCCACCAACUCGCCUUGCCAAUCUUCUUUCCUCUUCGCCCCAAACACCAGCAUCGGGCCGAACAAGCCGGGAUUCCUCAGGGCUUCGUCGGUCAAUAAGUUGCGCAGCGGAAUGGCCCUCCGCUCGAGCAAAGCGGAGACGAGUCAACAGACAGGGACCUCGAAAUCGGGGCAUUUUCUCCCGGGCAAAUAGCAAUGUCGUCGAUUCUGGCAAGACCAAAUCAUCCAGAAUUAAUUUCCUACUCGAGAAGAUUGAGAAAACUCUGCAGCCGGCGCCUGUCGAAACGGGCCUGCCUGGUUCCUCUCCUUUGCGCCAACGUAUGGAUGCAAGACGGUGCCGAUCAUCAUCUCCCAUAGCGGACAGAAAGCACGCUGGAGAAAAUGAAGCAGCUGGUGGAAUCAUUCGUCAUAUGCCUAGCCUCGAUGAAGUUGAUGGAGAGGCACCCCUGCAGGGGUCUUCAUCUGAAUUCGGAGACGAUGAUCUAGAUCAAGAUCUCCUUGACUUUGCGGACACUUCUGUUGAUCCAUUCACAGAGCCGGCGCCUAAUCGCAGCGAGUUCGAUUCUUUCGGAUCGUCAGGAUGGUCGACUCUGGCUGUGGAGAAGCCACCCUCGCAACAUUUCAAGGAGCACCCAGCAAUUGAUUAUAAAGCUUCCUCUAUGCACAAAGUUAUGAGCCAUGAACCAAAACGCGAAGAUGAAGAUGAGUUCGAAGAUGACGGUCUACCGGAAAAUUUGCAAGAUAUCCUCGCAAAAUGUGAUGGAAAGCACGGCCCAGUCGAAGCAUCAACAACCGCUAAUAUAGACCCACCGGCUUUCAAUAAGUCAGGCUCGGUUAAUACUGCACCCAGCGCUGAAUUCCCUGGCACAAUACCAAACAAGACAGCCCCAAAGACGGAACCGGCAUCCUCUGGCGACGAAUUCGACGACGAUGAUUUUGAUCUGGAGGCUAUUGAGCAGACCAUGAAGCAAACCGGUGAAAAUGGUCCGGGUCACAACCUCAAAGAUCGACAAGCUAUCAAGCGUCACCAAAUCGUUGAUACCGUGGAAAACACGUAUGUGACUCCUAAAGGACGUACUCAGCCAGAGCAGGUCCUGUUAGUCGAGGAUGAGAAGACCAGGGGCCGCAAUGUCAUUAUUUUGCGCGAGUCGUGGUUCGAUACACCCUGCAGCAAUGAUUCCUACGUUUACUUGGUUGGGGACUUCGAUGCAAUGGGUCAAUGUGUUGUGGAUAACUCGCACAACAUGGUAAUUCUUCACCCUGAUCACCUCAUUUCUGCAACAGUGGUAGCGGACUCGAUAGAUUGCCAGCGUCGCGCGGUUCUCCAAGACCGUGUCAAGGCGUUUGGUGAGCUUGAAAAACCGCAAGCGUUCGGAGUGUUCUUUCAUGAGAUUUUCCAGGAGGCCCUGAAAGCCAACAAAUGGGACAACAAGUCUCUGAAAUCGUUAGUCGAAACUGUCAUGGGGAGACAUGUCGAGGAGCUCUACUCCAUUCAGAUGAGUAUACCCGAAGCUGUCGAAUAUGUGAUGAGCAGGAUUCCUGCCGUUCAAACCUGGGCAGAGGCUUUUCUCCAGGUCAAGCCACAGCCUAAUUCUAUGGUGGAAGACCGCAAUAACUCAAAGCUGAACCUGAGCAUCAACAAAUUGCUCGAGGUGGAGGAACACAUCUGGUCCCCAAUGUAUGGGCUCAAGGGCAACAUCGACGCUACGGUGCAGGUUGCCUGCCGCGACGAAGGAACCGAGAAGAAUCUUGUUAUCCCGCUGGAGCUUAAAACCGGGAAGAGAGAUACAAACCAGGCACACAGGGCGCAAACCGCUCUUUACACACUUCUCCUCUCAGACCGUUACGAUGUCGAAGUCACCUUUGGUCUCUUGUAUUACCUUGAGAUUUCGAAAACCUUCAGUAUUCGUGGCAUCAGACACGAGCUCCUCCAGAUGAUCCAGGCCCGGAAUCGCUUGGCUGUGUACAUUCGCGAGAGACUGCAGCUUCCGCCCAUGCUCAAGAAGGCACGCAUGUGUAAUCGAUGCUAUGCGAAGACCCCUUGCCUCAUUUACCACAAGCUGUCCGAAGACGGAGACGGCGAGACCAGCGGACUGGGCGACGAUUUCGACGCCGCCGUCGGUCAUUUGAAUCACGGUGACCGUGACUUCUUCCGCAAAUGGGAUGAACUUCUCACCAAAGAAGAAGGAAAUCUGGUGAAAUUCCGGCGCGAGCUAUGGACGCUACUAAGCAAUGAACGACAGUCGCUUGGUCGAUGUUUCGGGGAUGUUGUGAUCAAACCGGGGUCCGCACACGAGGAAAACAACGGAACCAAGAUCAAUCGCUAUCGCUAUACCUUUGUCAAGCGACAAGCGUCCCCCGACUUCUCAUUUACUGAAUCGCAGAUCUCGCUGGGCGAACCGAUUGUCGUUUCAGAUGAAAGAGGUCACUUUGCGCUCGCAAAUGGCUAUGUGGUGCAAGUCAGCCCUUCGCAUAUUACCGUAGCGGUGGACCGAAGACUGCACAAUGCACGAGCAAGGACCGCUGGCUUUGACGCAGCUACCAACCAGUCCUUCAAGGGCAUCAUGGAAGUCGAGGGAGACGGCGCUGCUGCUCUGGAAGACCCGGAGGAGCAGGUUGUUUAUCGGAUCGAUAAAGAUGAGUUCAGCAACGGCAUGGCCAUUGUUCGCAACAAUCUCAUCUGCAUGAUGGACAAAGACCUGUUCCAAGCGAGACAGCUCCGACGGCUCAUCGUCGAGGGCCAAGCCCCUGUUUUCAAGCCAUCAUCAUCCGCAUACACGAUUUCCGACCCCGACAGUCUCAACGGUGAUCAAAAACAAGCCAUUGAUAAAGUCAUGAGCGCCAAGGACUACGCCCUCGUUCUUGGAAUGCCUGGAACUGGCAAGACUACCACCAUUGCGCAAAUCCUCCGAGCCCUGGUUGCACAGGGAAAGAGUGUCCUCCUGACAUCCUACACACACACCGCUGUGGACAACAUCUUGCUGAAGAUUCGCGAUGAUAACAUCCGUGUUCUGCGCAUCGGAGCUCCGGCCAAAGUCCACCCAGAGGUGCAAGAGUUUGCAGACCUUGCCGCCAUCCCAAAAUCAACCAUCGAAGAGCUGAAGGAUUCUUAUGAGAAGCCACAGGUGGUUGCCACAACAUGUCUCGGCGUCAACCACAACAUCUUCAAUCAGCGCAUCUUCGAUUACUGUAUUGUCGAUGAGGCCUCACAGAUCACUCUUCCAGUGUGUCUGGGUCCGAUCCGCAUGGCCAGAACGUUCAUCCUCGUCGGGGACCAUUACCAGUUGCCACCGCUGGUGCAAAACAAGGCUGCCCAGGAAGGUGGACUUGAUGUGAGUUUGUUCAAGCUGCUCUCUGAUGCACAGCCCGACUCGGUUGUUAGUCUGGAACACCAAUACCGCAUGUGUGAAGAAGUCAUGCUGCUCUCAAACACAUUGAUUUACUCUGGGCGUCUCAAAUGUGGCACGCCACAGGUCGCAGCCCGGUCCCUGGAGAUCCCGGACUUGCACGUCCUCAAGCAAUUCCACGCCAACCAUUUCAGCCCCUCUCAAAAACAGCAAGAGAUCUGCCUGGGCGCAGCACAGGGCCGCUGCUGGCUACGAGACCUGCUGGAGCCCUCGGCCAAAACACGACUGGUCAACACCGACCCGCUGGGAGCAGCCUCGCUGGAGACGGCGCAAGGCUUGCGAGUCGUGAACCAUAUUGAGACAAUCCUGUGCACGCAGCUCGUCGAGGCAUUUGUCGCGAGCGGCAUCCCCGCGCGCAACAUAGGGGUCAUCACCUUCUACCGCAGCCAGCUGUCGCUCCUCCGCCAGCGCCUCCGUCACCACACGCCCGAGCUCGAGAUGCACACAGCAGACAAGUUCCAGGGCCGCGACAAGGAAGUCGUGAUCCUGAGCUGCGUGCGCAGCAACUCCGAGAACCACGUCGGUGAGCUCCUCCGCGACUGGCACCGCGUCAACGUCGCCUUCACUCGUGCGCGCACCAAGCUCCUUGUCUUGGGCAGCCGCUCCACCCUGCGCGACGGCAACGACCUGCUUCGCAAAUACGUCCGCUUGGUCGAAUCCAAGGACUGGGUGUAUAAUCUCCCCAGUGGCGCAGUCGACUCUCACAUUUUUCCGUCUGUUACUGCCCCGGAUGCCUCGCAGGUGCCGGCCCCGUCCCUGACUGCAAAUUCGACCCCGGGCUCGGCCAAGCUGAAGACCAGCCCGAGCGCCAGGAUGAAAAAGUCCCCUUCGUCGCGUGAACCGCUAAGCCCCUUGGGCUCGCGCCAGCCUUGCCCCGGUCUCCGGCAACCUGCUAAGCGAGGUGCGAAGUUGUUCAAUGGCAACUCUGUUGUCGGCAACAGGCCUAUUCUCCAGGACUUGGUCAAUGACCUGACUGGUUAA